AUAAGUUUAAGGACCGUAUUUUGACUGUUUACUUUUUUUCCCUUUCUCUUCUCGGCUUGGCUUCGCUUUCUAACUCCAAACCAAACACAUCCUUUUAUUUUCUCUCUCUAUUACCUCCAAGCAUGUCUCAAGAAUCUGCCACCUCUACACCUCCACCCUCAGAUGAUCAAACACCUCCACCGCCGCCUGUAGUUGAAGAGAAACCAAAAGAAAAAGAAACCUCUCCACCUCAACCACCACCAGAACCGCCUGUAGUGGAAGAAGAGAAAGAAGUGUCUCCUCCACCACCUGCACCACCGCAAGAAUCUAAAUCACUGGCAUCAAUGAUGGAGAAAGAAGAAGUACAGUCUUCACCUUCAACAUCGUCUGCUGCAGAGACUGAAUCUUUAGUUACUAAAGAAGAGGUGGUGGUUGUUGUUGUUGUUGACGACGGAGAAGAAAAGAAAAUUGAAGAAAAACAUCAACUAGAAGAGCAGAAACACAAUAUUCCUCAAACUUUAGUCUCUUUUAAAGAAGAGAGUAAUAUAGUUGCUGAUCUUUCAGAUUUUGAGAAGAAAGCUUUGCAAGAAUUCAAGAAUUUAGUUCAAAAUGCUCUCAACACUCAUCAAUUCACCUCUCCACCACCACCACCACCACCAGAAGCAAAAACAAACACCCAAGAAACCCCAGCUGAUGAUUCUACUCCUCCUAAAACUGAAGUACCCAUUUCAGAAUCUGAUGUUAAUACUGAGAUUAACCCACCAACAGACGAAGAAUCAAAAACUGAAGAAACCCCAUUAAAGCAAUCUCAAGAAACCAAACAAGAAGACCCAAAGAUUGAAUCUUUACCUGAGGAAAUUUCCAUAUGGGGAGUUCCACUUCUUAAAGAUGACAGAAGUGAUGUGAUACUUUUGAAGUUCUUGAGAGCUAGGGACUUUAAAGUGAAAGAGGCUUUUGUUAUGAUCACGAACACAAUCAAAUGGAGGAAGGAAUUUAUGAUUGAUGAGGUGAUUGAUGAAGAUCUUGGUGAUGAUUUGGAGAAAGUUGUGUUCAUGCAUGGUCAUGACAGGGAAGGGCAUCCUGUGUGUUAUAAUGUUUAUGGGGAGUUUCAGAAUAAGGAGUUGUAUCAGAAAACAUUUGCUGAUGAGGAGAAGAGAAUGAAGUUUCUGAGGUGGAGGAUUCAGUUCUUGGAGAGAAGUAUCAGGAAGCUUGAUUUUAGACCUGGUGGUAUUUCUACUAUUUUUCAGGUUAAUGACCUCAAAAAUUCACCAGGACCUGCUAAGAAGGAGCUUAGGUUGGCUACUAAGCAGGCUCUUCAAUUGCUGCAAGACAAUUAUCCUGAGUUUGUAGCUAAACAGGUGUUUGUCAAUGUCCCUUGGUGGUAUCUUGCUUUCUAUACGAUGAUCAGUCCAUUUAUGACUCAGAGAACCAAGAGCAAAUUUGUAUUUGUAGGCCCUUCUAAAUCUGCUGAAACACUUUUCAAAUAUAUAUCAGCUGAACAAGUGCCGAUUCAGUAUGGUGGCUUAAGCGUGGAUUACUGUGAUUGCAACCCGGAAUUUACUGUUGCUGAUCCUGCGACAGAGCUAACUGUAAAGCCUGCAACCAAACAAACUGUAGAAAUAAUAAUUUAUGAGAAAUGUGUUAUUGUUUGGGAACUCCGAGUUGUCGGAUGGGAGGUUAGCUACAGUGCUGAGUUCGCACCGGAUGCAAAAGAUGCAUACACAGUUAUCAUACAGAAACCAACCAAAUUGACUCCAACUGAUGAACCGGUGAUAAGUAGCAGCUUCAAAGUUAGUGAACUUGGUAAAAUUUUGCUGACAGUCGACAAUUCAACCGCCAAGAAGAAGAAACUUCUCUACAGGUUCAUCAUCAAACCUUUUUCAGAUUGAGGAUUUUAUAGCAUUCAGUGACUUCGGUUUCAGAUAUAUAGUUGGAACUGGAAAUUGAACUGGCUUCACUAGUUCUUGAGUGAUAUUUUUCUUUUGCCUGUACUUCGUGAUUUUGGCUUCCAGGUGAGUAGGAUGGUUGAUGAUGAAUAGCAAGGACAUGGUUUUGUCCCUUUGGUUUCUUUAUGUCAAUCAUUUUAGGGCAAAUAGAGAGAAAUGUGGUUGCAGAACUUACUGAGAUGUUUCUAAAGAGUCAUGUACAUUUAUUUUGUGUGGAUAUCUAUAUUUUGGUACCCUUCCAUGAGCUAUAUACAUAGUUUUGCUUUGA